ACCUAGUUUCUAAGGAUCAUGUCUGCGAGUCAAGAUCCCCGAUCCAGAGACAAUGGCCCCGACGGAAUGGAGCCUGAGGGCGUCAUCGAGAGCAACUGGAAUGAGAUCGUUGACAGCUUUGAUGACAUGAACCUCUCAGAGUCCCUCCUCCGUGGCAUCUACGCCUAUGGUUUUGAGAAGCCCUCUGCCAUCCAGCAGCGAGCCAUUCUUCCUUGUAUCAAGGGUUAUGAUGUGAUCGCUCAAGCCCAAUCUGGGACAGGAAAAACAGCCACUUUUGCCAUUUCGAUUCUGCAACAGACUGAAUUAGACCUAAAGGCCACUCAGGCCUUGGUCCUGGCACCUACUAGAGAAUUGGCGCAGCAGAUACAGAAAGUAGUCAUGGCUUUAGGAGAUUACAUGGGUGCCUCCUGCCAUGCCUGCAUUGGGGGUACCAACGUAUGUGCAGAGGUGCACAAGCUACAGAUGGAAGCUCCCCAUAUCAUCGUGGGCACCCCAGGUCCUGUGUUUGACAUGCUUAAUCGCAGAUACCUGUCUCCCAAAUACAUCAAGAUGUUUGUACUGGAUGAAGCUGAUGAAAUGUUAAGCCGUGGGUUCAAGGACCAGAUCUACGACAUAUUCCAAAAGCUCAACAGCAACACCCAGGUGGUAUUGCUGUCAGCUACAAUGCCUUCUGAUGUGCUUGAGGUGACCAAGAAGUUCAUGAGGGACCCCAUUCGCAUUCUUGUCAAGAAGGAAGAGUUGACUCUGGAGGGUAUCUGCCAAUUCUACAAUACAUCAACGUGGAGAGAGAGGAGUGGAAGCUGGACACAUUGUGGUGUGGCUAUUAACAUGGUGACAGAAGAAGACAAGAGGACUCUUCGAGACAUCGAGACCUUCUACAACACCUCCAUUGAGGAGAUGCCCCUCAAUGUUGCUGACCUCAUCUGA